AUGUCCUCUCGGUCUCUAUUCUUCCUUGAGAAGGACCUAUUUCCAGGAGCCACCUUCGACUUGCAAUUCAAGCGAUCCAUUCCCAAACACGCUGACCUCCUCCCUCGCCGCGUGGCCGACACCCUCCCCUUCUCCUCCAACAAGCUCCCUGACGUCCUCACGCUUCUCUCCGUCGACCCUAACUCGAAGGAAGCCCGGGAUAUGAGUGCGACCCUGGAACGGUGCGAGCACACGGCGAAUGCAAGGGAGACGAAGCACUGCGCCACCUCCAUCGAGUCCAUGAGCCAUUUUGUUCAGGAGUAUGAGGACAUGAGACUCGAUGGAGAAUGCCCAAAGAGCCUAGACGACAAUGAAGUGCUUGAUAUUCUCCACCCCAAUCAGAGUGGAGAGAGAGUAUUUUACGGGCAAAGAAACGUUCUACGUGUCUUUGAAAUUGACAAAAGAUAUCGAAAAGAUCAAACUUUCGUUUCAUGA